CCAGACUCAGUCCACCCAAUUCAUCUGACAAACACGCCAGCGAAGAGACAGAAACUUCUGGGCCUGUCCACGGCUCCCUUGGGUUAGGAGAAGCCAUGGAAAAGUUUAAGACAGUGCUGGACCUGCACAUCAAGCCCCCCAGCGCUGUGGGUUACGGCCUGGUGACACUGUUGACGGCGGGCGGGGAGCGCAUCUUCUCCACUGCGGUGUUCCAGUGCCCCUGUAGCGCCACCUGGAACCUGCCCUACGGCCUGGUCUUCCUGUUGGUGCCGGCGCUCGCGCUCUUCCUCCUGGGCUAUGUACUGAGCGCGCGCACGUGGCGCCUACUGACCGGCUGCUGCGCGCACGGCGCCCGUGCGAAGUGCAGCUCGGGGCUGCGGGGCACCUUAGUGUUCGCGCAGAUCAGCGUGGCCGCGGCGCUCGCACCCCUCACCUGGGUGGCCGUGGCGUUGCUGGGGGGCUCGUUCUAUGAGUGCGCGGCCAGUGGGAGCAAGGUCCUGGCGCAGUACCUGUGCAGCGACCGCUACCCCGACUGCGCGGACCAGCUGCCCCGGGUCCCCUGCAGCAAGGACCAGAAGUCCAAUCUCCAGGACCUCCUGAAGGAACUCAAGGCUCAGUCGCAGGUACUGGGCUGGAUCCUCAUAGCAACUGUUAUUAUCUUCGUUCUGAUUUUUACAUCUAUUUCACGGUGCCUGUCUCCAGUUAGUUUUCUGCAGCUGAAAUUUUGGAAAAUCUAUUUGGAAAAGGAGCAGGAGAUCUUUAAAAGUCAAGCCAAGGAACAUGCCACUGAAUUGGCAAAAGAGAAUAUUAAAUGUUUCUUUGAGUCCUCCAGUCCAAAAGAAUGCAACACCCCAAGCAUUAAAGACUGGCAGCAAAUUUCAACACUGUAUACUUUCAAUCCAAAGAACCAGUACUACAGCACCCUGCACAAAUAUGUAAACAGAAAAGAGAAGAGUAACAGUAUAAGAUCUUCUGAAGGAGAUGUAGUGAUUCCUGUUCUGGGCUUUGUAGAUUCUUCUGGUAUAACCAGCAAUCCUGAGUUAUGACCUUAUAAAUGAAAAGAGAAAAAAAUUUCUUUUGAGAUAUUGAAUUAUUGAUUCAUUUAAAAAAAUAAAAAUUGGUGUUAGUUAUGAUUGCUUUCCCCCAUUCUAAAUUGUGGGAUUUUAGAUCUGAAAUUGAAAUAUUAAUCUCCUUAUUAUAUUAAUUACUAAACAAACAACUGAGGGAAAAUGAUUCACCCAAAAUGACAAACAGGGACUACAUUAGAAGUCUUAUAUCCUAUCUAGGGUGCUUUUCAAAUAAAAGACUCAGAUCUUUUAUACCGCUACUUUCAAAUAAAAGACAUCAGUAGUGAGAUAUAUGAAAAAAUUUAACUUCAGACCUUUGUUAGGUUAUCUGAUGUUAAUUUCAAGUUCACUUUCUUGUCAACAGCAGCUCAUUAGGAACCUAAAAAUUAUGGUAUUCUAAUAUGCUUGUACAUACGGAGAGUGGUGGCUAGGAUCAUGGUCUUUGACUGGUUUGGAGCUGUGGCUGCAUUUUGCUCUGGGAGCUUUCUGUUUAAAGGUACAGGACAAGAUUGCCCAAUUUCUAUGGUGAUGCCCUGCCUGAGGAAGUUCUGUGCAAAGGCACAAAAUUAUAUCAGUCUUGACCUUGAGCUCAGACACUAUCUGCCAGGGAUAGCGAAUUCUUAACAAGAUAAUUAUAAUUGCUUGCAAGUGCUAUGACAUUCAAGCCUGCCUGCUUUGCAGAAACUUUCCCACAGAAAAUCAUUUGAUGAUAAAACAUAUAUAAUAAACAUGCUGUGCUAGAUCUGGGUCACUGUUCCUCCAUCAGAGGUCGGUGUCCCACCUGGUCCCAGCUUUCUCUUUGUAAAUGUUUGUGUGUCUUUCUUAAACCCUCAUCCUCCCUUGCUGGUUUCUAGGGUUUAGCCAUGCAGGUUGCAGCAUACCACAGUGGAUAGCACACUGGACUCCUAACCAAAUCUACUAUGGUAUUUCAACUAUUACAGCAUUUUAUGGCUCUAAUAUGGUUACUAUAAAAAUAUUAAUGAUGAAAAGGAAAAAUUUUUAAAAACAUAAAUUUUGAAAAAUAUUUUUGGAUAACUGCAGGCAAUAACUGUUGCUUUUAGUUUGUAAGAUCAGAAGAAACAUUCCAAGCUAUUUGUUAUGGUAAAUUUAAAGCAUGUACAGCAGCAGGGCAGUGUGGCACAUACCUAUAAUCCCAGUGACUCCAAAGGCUGAGGUAGGAGGAUCGUGAGUUCAAAGUUAGCCUCUGCAAAAGCAAGGCACUAAGCAACUCAGUGAGAACCUGUCUCUAAAUAAAAUACAAAAUAGGGCUGGGGAUGCAGUUUAGUGGCUGAGUACUCCUGAGUUCCAUCCUGGGCACCCCCCCUCAAUAAAUAAAUAAAUAAAAUACAAUAUGUAGUAGUAGAGAGGGUAGUAUUAUGAACCUCCAUACGAUCAUUAAAGCAGCUUCAGCAGAGUAGGAAAGGCAAAUAGAACCCUUGCCAUACAAAUAAUUACCGAAAAGAAGGAAAUUAGAAAUUAUGAUUUGAUUCAGAGUAGGGAAGGAGGAGCUUGGAGAAAGUUGUGAGAAACUGAAAUCUGUAGAGUAGGGAGCAGAGCAUUUCAGGCAGAAGAGAAAGGAUAUGCAAAGGCUCUGAGUUGUGACAGAUCUUAGUACAAUUGGAGGCAUAAAGGUAACUGGAAAAAUAAGGAAGGGACAAAUGGUACAGAACCUUGAAACCAUACUAAAGUAUGGGUUUUCCUUCUCAGCAUUUUAGGGAGAUUGGUCUUUUUUUGAGGAGAAAGGUAUAGCAGAGAAAAGAGGAAGAACUAGGGUGGAGGUGAAGAGACUAACAGGAGGUCACUGCAGUAGAAAUAGGCAGGAGCGAACAUGAAUUGGAUGAGCAGUAAUCAAAAUGGUAAAAAUGAAUUUUAUACGUGGACAUGACAGGAUUGGUUGAUGGAAUAGGAUGUAUGGAUUUAGUGAGAGCAAUGACAUCUGUAGUUAUUGUUGUAAAUUCUGUUACUUGGUAAUGCCAGGACUUGUCAGGGAAACUUGUCUUCCAUUAGCUUGUCAUUCCUGUCCAUUCCUCAAAUUUAUGACUGAUUUCUACAUUUUAGGAAAUGGAAUAUGGAAACUUUAAACUGUAAGGCAAUUGACUACUGGUCAUAUUUAGCUCUUGCUCUCUUGGCAGACCCCUGUACUGGGUUCUAUUUUGCCCUCAUUUGUACAGGGUCAUUAAAAGGAACUAGUCAGAAGGGCUGAAUAUCCUGUUGUUGAGAAUCAUGUUUAACAAGAAAGUUGGCAGUGAAACUACAUGAUCAGUUUUUUUCCACUUCCUAAAAAAAUAUUUUGAAAAGUCACAUCAUGCCUACUUUCAUUUUUGCUUCUUUUAUUUCAUUUUCCAAUGUUUUCUAUUUUUUUCCAUUUAUUGGGGAUGAAAUCCUGAGGCAUUUUACUGUUGAACUAUAUCCCUAGUCCUUUUUAUUCUUUAUUUUGAGACAGGGUCUUGCAUAAUUGCUGAGGGUUUCACUAAAUUGCUAGGAUGACUUUGAACUUGUGCUCCUCCUGCCUUAACCUCCCAAGCAGUUGGAAUUACAGUUGUGUGCAUCUGUGCCUGGUUCUAAUUUGUGUGUGUGUGUGUGUGUGUGUGUAUUCUUUCCUUUCAUAACUUCUUUUUUUCUGUUCUAGCAUUUAUACUUACAUCUUAGUAGUACCAUACUGUGUCCAUUUUGUGGAUAUAUGUUCUGCUUUGUCUUAACGUCUUUAGAAAGUAUUGUGAAAAUAUAUUUAAGAUAAAAAUAUGUUAACAUAAAAAUUAUAAUAGUAGAAAAAUGUGUAAGAUUGAAAGUAAAAUUACCUCGUUUGUUUGUAAUUUUCAAUAUUCACUUUCCUGUGGUAGUUACAUAUUCUGUGAAAAAAAAAAGAAAAAAAGAUUAUACUAAAAAUGUUGUUCUGUAACUUGUCACGUAGAAUAUUAUUAUUCCAUGUCAGUAUAUAGCAAUUUGCCUCUUUAAAAAUUACUGCACAGUAUUCUUCAGAUUAGUAGGGUAUUAUCCUUUUUUGUCAACACACAGAGUCAUAAAAUAUAUAAAGAUAAGCACCAAAUUGUCAAAUAUGGUUACUCCUGGGGUUUAAGAUUGGUACAGGGACUUUUUUUUUAAAACCUCUGACACUUUUGAUCUUUGGAUUUUUUUUUUUUUUUGGUUAAUGAAUAAUAAAUACCAACUUGCAUAAUUAGAAAAUAUUUAAAAGAGCCCUUACCAGAGGAACUUGUAGUUAACAAAGCAGUUUUGCAUCUUUCACCUCAUUUCAUUUUCAUGAGUUUAUCGGUUAUCCAUUAAACACAUCACCUGCAUUUAGGUAUGAGGAAUCAAAAGUUAAGAGAGGUUACAUUACUAGUCUCAGAUUGUGUGGUCAACAAAUGCAAAACCAAAACUAGGGAACUAAUCCUGUGGUGCAAUGUGGCUACAUUAUUGUUUUUAUUCCUAGAUCAGAUUUCUCCCUUCUUUGCACAAGUGCUUUUGUAAGCAGAAGAGAUACGGAUAUUCCCGGCAAACCCUAAUACUUCACAUUUCAUUUUGAAACUUGGCAACUGUUGAUAGCUAAGACUGCUUUCAAUAAACAUAGAGGGACCAAGAUAUAGUGGGAUUAUUUUAUGGUGGGAACCUGGUCACUGCUGUUUGGCAUGACACACCAAUCCUCUGGGCCUGGCUUCAAAUAGGCCACACCAUGGGCUCAAGAAACAUUUCUCCACUUGGUGUAUAUUUAUUUGCUGGCCUACCAAAGAAUUCUUCAGAAUCAUUCCCAGCUGUAUGCUGACCUGAAACCUUAAUCUUAGGAGAGAUUCAGAUACAGCAUCUGCUGUUAAUAUUGCUGAAAAAUAAACAUGUAAGAGAUGAUUCCACAUUUUGCUGGGUGCUGGCAUGAUCAUACAGUCCACAGGGUGUAAAGUUAAGCAUGAUCUCUUUACUUCAUUCAAAGUCACGGCCAGAAAUAGCAAUACUCUACGAGCUGAUUAAAGAUGAAAUUCCCAAGGGAAGCAUCCCCAAACAGAAUUAACCAUGCACCCAAAUGUCUCUGAGUGAAAACAUCUUGGAACUCCUAAUUUUGACAAUACCUUAUCUACCAGAAUGUUAUCUACCGGGUGGCCUAUGGUAAAUAACUCUCCCCAAGACAAAAGAUGGAGAAGUACUCCAUGAGUCAGGCCUGGUAACAGCAACCAUUACCUAUUUUGUCACUAGCAAACUCCCACAUACUGCUUUUAUUGCCUAUUGUGUGCCAAACUCUAGCCUGCCCUGAAAAGUAAGGCUCUAUUUGACCUAAUUUUAUCUCUUCCUCUUCAUUGCCUACCUAUGGAAUAUCUCUUUUGAAUUGCAGUGUGAAGACUAUGUAAUUGAUAAUACUAUAUUUUUAUUCAAUGAAAGAGAUCUGAAUCAAAAAAGGAUACAUGCUGUCAAAAUCCUUUGCUAUAAGAACCAGAACAUGAAGAAGUUCCAAUGACAGAAAAAGUCUCUAAUAUCAGACAAAUUAUUUCAAUUUCAAAAAUACUGAGAUAUCAAAACUAGAAUGGUAUGAAACAUUUAUGUGACAUUUCAAAAACAAUCACAAUGCAGUCGCCACCAAAGGGAAAGAAAUAAUACAUUUCCAGCACUCCCCAAAUCCCUGCCCCAUGUGUCUGCACAAUUCCAGCUCUUUUCACCCAGAAGUGGGAGGUGAUCAUUUCUUUACUUUUAUUUACAAUUUUAGAAACUCUGUGUGUUACCAAACUAACAUUGGGAUGAAUUUAUUGCUCAUUAGGCGGACUAUUCAUGUUUAGUUUUUGAACUUUAUGAGAAUGAAAUCAUCCUCUAAGAAUUGUUUUGUGAUGUUCAUCCAUAUUAUGUCUAGAACAGCAUUUUUUUAUUUGCCUUGUACUAUUUCGUUGUGUGGAGAUAUCACAAUUCAAUCAUUAAGCUAUUCCGUUUCUGGCUCUUAUCAGCAAUGCCAGAGUGAACAUUCAUGAAUCUGUAUUCUGGUGUACAUGUGUGUUUUUUCAGGAUUUGUUCCAAGGAACAGAUGGUAGCAUAAGAGUAUGCACAUGUCUCAGUUUGCCAGGUAAUGUCCAAUGUUUGCCCUAAUGGUUUAUUAAUUUAUACUACUAUGAGAGUUUCCACUGUUUUUUUUUU